UCCAUCGAGAGACUGAUAUACCGACACGUUACGGAAACCGCUGGAAUCAAGAUGAUGGAGUCGGAUAAGCACGAUGCGACACUCUCUCCAUCCGCGUCGAGAUCCGACAUCAGCCGCGACGAGCUGGAUGGGAAACUGCCAAACAACCCGAGUGAUGAUCCCGAAGCACUGACACGCACUGAGACCACUCUGUCCGCCGUGGUACCGCCGAAGGAGCCGUGGCGGGAGAUCCUCUUCGUAGUGGUGGUCUGCAUGGCUCAAUUCAUGACGCAAGCGGGUCUGUGCAUCUCGAUCGCCCCGGUGUAUAUCAUCGGCAAGGGCUUCCAGACGUCCAUACCCGGCGAAUUAAGCUGGUUUGCGGCGGCAUACAGUUUGACGGUGGGCACUUUUAUCUUAGUCUGUGGUCGGCUUGGCGAUGUAUUCGGUCAUCGACUGAUGUUCAUCAUCGGUUUCGCAUGGUUCGGUUUGUGGUCUUUGUUGGCGGGUUUCAGUGUCUGGUCGAAUCAGAUCUUCUUUGACUGCUGUCGCGCCUUUCAAGGAAUGGGGCCUGCCAUGUUACUCCCGAAUGCAAUUGCCAUCCUCGGGCGCGCAUAUCCACCGGGCUUGCGCAAAGAGAUGAUCUUCAGCUUCUUUGGAGCCACCGCGCCGAGCGGGUUUAUUGUCGGUGGCGUGUUCUCCUCGGUCUUGGCACAGAUGGUGUGGUGGCCGUGGGCGUACUGGGUCCAGGGUAUGGUGUGCUUUGCCUUUGCUCUGCUGGGUGUUUUGGUCAUUCCGCACACGCCGCGACCUCGUUUCCAGAAGGACCUUCCGCUUUGGGUGCGACUGGAUCUGCUAGGAGCAGCAGCCGGUAUCAUCGCACUCGUGCUGAUCAAUUUUGCAUGGAAUCAGGCCGCGUUGGUCGGGUGGACCAAGCCAUACACCUACGUGCUGCUCAUCGUUGGCGUUAUCACCUUUGGCGGCUUCUUGUGGAUCGAACGUGUUGCUCAAUGCCCACUACUGCCGACUUCAGUUCUAACUGGUGACCUGGCAUGGGUGCUGGGAUGUAUCGCUGCCGGGUGGUCCAGCUUUGGCAUCAUUAUCUACUACUUUUACCAAUUUAUGGAGGAGAUCAAGGGUAACUCUCCGUUAUUAGCCACAACCAAAUGGGUCGCUGCGGCUCCGUCUGGUGCCAUAGCGGCCCUGCUGACGGGAUUCUUGCUCGGACGGUUGCCCCCCAGUGUCAUCAUGUUUUGCGCGAUGGUCUUCUUUACGGCCGGUCUGUCCAUCUUUGCAACGGUACCCGUGGACCAGACCUACUGGGCUCAGGCAUUCGUAGCUAGUCUUAUCACGUCAUGGGGCAUGGAUAUGUCCUUCCCAUCGGGCACUCUCAUCCUCAGCAAUUCGAUGCCUCACCACCAUCAAGGCCUUGCCGCAUCCCUUGUUACCACCACGGUAAACUACUCCAUCUCCCUGGGCCUGGGAUUCGCCGGGACCGUGGAGUCGAACGUGAACGAGGGUGGACGAAAUGCCCUCCGGGGCUACCGAGGAGCUCUCUACCUGGGUAUUGGCUUUGCGGGGUUGGGUCUCGUGGUCUCGAUCCUGUUCAUGUUUGUAUCAUGGAGGCGCUCUCGGGCGUCGCUCCCGAUCAACACAUUAAAUCAACAGGCACCCGCAUUUCAAAGGUACUUCAACCGAGUACCCAUCUCUUUCCUGGACACCCUUGUGAUGCUCAAUGACGGCACCAUGGAAGCUCACAAUAUAGCUGUCGCCACCAUCGCGGCCCAAGUCCACCAAUUCCACAAACAUCAACAACCCUUCCGCAUCUACCAUGGCUCCACAAACAGCACGCGACAAUCGCAACACAGCGCAGCCAACACCAUCAACACCGCCCAUUUGAACCAUGUCCUGGCUGUGGACACAGACCGCAAGACGAUCCUGGUCGAGCCGAACGUCCCCAUGGACGAACUCGUCCAGGCUACCCUACCGCACGGGCUCAUCCCGCUGGUCGUCAUGGAAUUCCCCGGCAUCACCGCAGGCGGCGGCUUCUCCGGAACGUCCGGCGAGAGCAGCUCCUUUCGACACGGAUUCUUCGAUGCGACCGUGAACCGGAUCGAGCUGGUCCUAGCAAAUGGCGACAUCCGCACAGCCUCGCAAAAGAUACCCGAUGAGCAAGAGCUCUUCUGGGCGGCGGCAUCAUCCUUCGGAACCCUCGGUGUCGUAACCAUGCUCGAAAUCCAAUGUCGCGAAGCAAAACCCUACGUCGAAUUAACCUACCACUCUGCCUCCAGCAUAUCCCAAGCAAUGACAGUCUUCCGGGAGACCACCGCAUCCCCCGAAACCGAGUAUCUGGAUGGCAUCAUCUACGCCCCAGACCACAUCGCCGUCUGCGCUGGUCGCCUAGUCGACUUGCCCUCAGAUCGAACCCCCAUCCAACGCUUCACACGCGCCCAAGACCCUUGGUUCUAUAUCCACGCGCAGCGCCAAACCCGAAAAAUCCACCGCUCCAACGCCGAGCCCCCGGCCUCGGUCACCCACUACGUCCCAAUCCAGGAUUACCUCUUCCGGUACGACCGCGGUGCAUUCUGGACGGGUCGCUACGCUUUCAGCUACUUCAUCACGCCGUUUAAUCGCAUCACACGGUACAUCCUGGAUACCUUUAUGCACACUCGGAUCAUGUAUCACGCCUUACACGAGAGCGGGCUCUCAAAACAACACAUCAUCCAAGACGUGGCGGUGCCGUACAAAGCGACGGGGGAGUUCCUCAGCUGGCUCGAUAACAAGGAGACCUUCGGCGCGUAUCCGAUCUGGUUAUGUCCGCUGCAUCAUUCGCAGGGGAUCAUGGCUCGCGGCGCCGAGGCAGGACCGUAUCAAUCUCAGAAGCAAGAGGACUCCGAUGACGACGGGGACUGUCUGAUGAACUUCGGGUUGUGGGCGCCAUCCCCCUACGCGUCCGAUACGGGGGCGUUCAUUGCGCAGAAUCGGCGGCUGGAGCACAAGGUCAGGGAGUUGGGUGGGAAGAAGUGGCUGUAUGCCCAUGCGUACUACACAGAGGAGGAGUUUUGGUCGAUCUAUGAUCGAAAACGGUAUGACGCGUUGCGGGAGAAGUACCAUGCCACGCAUUUGCCGGAUCUGUAUCAGAAGGUGCGGGUUAAUCUGAGUCCCAAGGGGGAUGGGGCGACCGAGGGAUGGGUCAGUUGGAUGAAGAGGAUGGCGUGGGAGACGUGGCCGGUUUGUGGGUUGUACGGAGUAUAUAAGGCUUGGAGAGGAGGUGAUUACUAUUUGAUCAAGACCAAGAAAGAUUAA